AUGGGGUAUAUCAUGCAGCAUUUCGACGUCAGCGAAGAAGUAGCCACCCUAGGCCUGUCACUCUUCGUCAUCGGCUUCUCUCUGGGACCGGUGAUAUGGGCACCACUCAGCGAGAGCAUCAGCAGACAGAUCCCCUUUUUCAUCUCAUUCCUAGUGAUGGCGGCCUUUUGCGCUGGGUGUGCCGGGGCGCAGAAUAUCCAGACGCUUCUCAUCCUGCGCUUCUUUGCCGGUACAUUUGGCUCGUCUCCGCUCACGAAUGCUGGUGGCAUCGUCUCUGACAUGUUCACUUCGCAGCGUAUAAGAACGGUAUUGAACCACCAGAAGCACGCUUUCCCCAUAUAUACUGUCCGCACUCACAAUCCCCAUCGGGCUAUUCUGGUUCGCGUGGACAAAUCCCCCCUCUCUCCACUGGAUAGCCAGUAUCGCAUCCCUAGACCCCUUCGGAUUCGGGCUUGUGAUUGUGUAUCUGGGGAUCGUGAACUACCUUGUCGACUCGUAUACGGUAUAUGCGGCGUCUGUUCUGGCCAGUAUGUCUGUGGUGCGGUAUAUGUUUGGUGGCGUGUUCCCGCUUUUCACGAGCUAUAUGUACAGGGGGUUGGGGAUUCGGCGUCGAGUAUCCCGGCGUUUGUGGCUGUGGCGUGUAUUCCGUUGCCGUUUGGGAUUCAUGUUUUUGGGGAGAGGAUUAGGGGGAGGUGUAGGUAUGCGAAUUUCCUGUACUUUAAUAUAUAUUAUGCCGAGCAGCUCUACGCGUCUCAGCUAGUGCAUCACUCCCCAGGUAUAUACAACCAGGUUGAGUACCGUGCCCUGGAAGGCUUUACGUACACUGUCUCACCAUUCAACUUCACUACCAUUGCCGGGAACCUAGCUGCCCUGCCGGCCCUACUUGGGAAUAUGAUUCUCUAG